AUGGAUACCGCUGACGAACCAGAUGAUCUCCAUUUCUGCCUUCGGAGAAUACUGAGAUUGCUGUCGGAAACCUGCUUUUCAUGUCUCGUCAAACGCCCCUUCGCCGCGUCGUCUUCCCUGUUUUUGAUCGUCUUUUGGGUCUCCUUUCCCAUGGCCUUCUGGGUUUUGAUUAAUGCCAUUCCCUUCCUUGUCUGCAUUUCUCUAAUCGUCGUCACGGCGUUCUUCAAAUCCAGAAAGGAACAAGACACUAAUUGGCGGAAAUCCUCCGACGCCGGUAAAACAAUAAACAUGUCCGCCGCCGGCGUAGAUAAUGCUCGGACAGACGAUAAUGCCGCCGUCCGUCGGAUCAAAAAGACCGUCACGCGGGUCCACUCCGUCCGCCGGAGAAGGGCCAUGGAGUUCGCCAACAAUUCGGAAUCCCUCGCCGGAGUGGAAGAAAAAGACACCACGGCGGCGGCGGCGGAGUUGGCCGGCGACAAUAUUGCAUCGAAAUUGUCGGAAGAAUCACCGAAGGAGAUUCGCGAGGUGGAAGAAGACCGGUCCCACGAUGUCGCCGGAGAAAAAGAAUCUACGGCGGCGACGUCGCCGCCGAAGGAGGCGGCGUACCGGAUAAAAACCCUGGAAGCGUUGAAGCUAGUGAAGGACGCCGCCGCCGCCGGCAAGCCGGAGGAGGAGCAGAAGAACGACGUGGUGGUGGACGUCGGCGACGAGGGGAACAAGCGGCUGGAGAAUCUGAUCGCCCGGCGGCGGUCCCGGAAUCUAUGGAGCAUCAACGUCCGGCGGGCGCUGCUGAAAAUGGAGAAAAGGGAGUCUCCCGGCGGCGGAAUCGCGUCGAUCAUUAUCCCCAAGCACAACAGCAGCCUGCACGGGCCCGACCCGUUUUCGCCCGGGCCGGGUUCGGCGCCGUCGGUGCUGGUCCCGAUGCGGAAUCCGUUCGACAUUCCGUACGACCCGCAGGAGGAGAAACCGGACCUGUCCGGCGACGGUUUUCAGCAAGAGUUCCUGCCGGCCGGCGGGAAGGCCGACCCGGUUUAUUGCAGGCAUGAGAGCUUCAGCUUGGGAUCGUUCUCGCCGGCGGGUUUUGACCCAGAGCCGUCGGACGGCGACGGCGGAUUUGGACGGAGGGAUUCGCUGCAACGAUACAGAUUCUCCAAGCUGGGGAAUGAAUUUGAAGUUUCCAUCACGGGCGAGGAAGAAGCUUCACACGACGACGAUCUCAUGUCCAAAACAACAUCCCUAACAAAAGAGGGCGACGAAGAUACCGAUGAUAUCAAAGAAAUCAUCCACAAAGCCGACGACGACAGCACAGAUGCCGACGAUGUCCGAGCCCCACCGGACACUAAUCCGGAAGAACCUGGAUCCGAUUCAUCCUCUCCGACAUCCUCGUCAUCCUCCGGAGACGACGAGGACGACCAAAUCUACAAAAUCGACAAAGAAGCGAUCCUCAAGUCGCUCUCGUCCAUGGCGCGGCGACACGUGGUCGGCGAAUUCGACAACGCCAACAGCUACGACGACGACAGCUACACCUACAUCGACAGUCAUUACGAAGACAAGACUGUCCCGCCCCGCCACGCCCAUUCGUUCUCCAUCGCUUCCGACAUGCAAGUUGAGCUCUCCGAGGCCAGCAGUUCCCCUCCACACGGGAUCGAGGAUGGCUUCGCCUCCCACGACGGGGACAUUGUUCUUACACCUUACGACGCUCACGCCAAUGCAGACAACAAAAAAAUCGGACAAGAAUGGUCCGAGAAUCCAUCCUCGCCCGACGACAACACCUUAACAGCCGCCAAAUCCGAAUACCCGACUACUCUGUCCAACGGUGGCAGCGAUCAGCCAUCGGACUCGAUGUCGAUUAGCUCCGAAACUUUACAAGAUAACCAGCAAAAAUCAUGA